AUGUCAUCUAAAGCUGCAAGUAAGCAACAACAACAAACAAAGACAUCAUCAACAUCAAAUGAUGAGAAUCAAACAAAAGGAGUUAGUAUUGUUCUAAUUGGUGCUCCUGGUUCAGGUAAAGGUACACAAGGUAGUAAAUUACAUGAACAUUAUAAAAUAUGUCAAAUUUCUACCGGUGAUCUUCUACGUCAUGCUACAAAAGAUAAAGAAUCGGAUGUUGGAAAACAAAUUAAAAAAACAAUGGAUUCUGGUGGUUUAGUAGAUGAUAAUAUUGUGAUGAAAUUAAUUAAUCUCAAUCUGGAUAAACCAGAAUGUAAAAAUGGCUUUUUAUUUGAUGGAUUUCCACGAACAAUUUAUCAAGGUGAACAAUUAGAAGAACUAUUAGAAUCAAGAAGACAGAGAAUUGAUGCUGUGAUUGAAUAUGGUAUUGAAGAUGAUAUACUAAAACGUCGUAUACUUGGCCGUCUAAUUCACAAACCAUCUGGUCGAACUUAUCAUGAAGAAUUCAAUCCACCUAAAGAGAACAUGAAAGAUGAUGUCACCGGUGAGCAAUUAGAUCGUCGUUCAGAUGAUACAACCGAAACGUUGAAUGCCCGUUUAUCAACAUAUCAUAAACAAACAACACCCUUGAUCGAUUUUUAUCAACAACGUAAUAUUCAUAAGCGUAUUGAUGCCACAAAAAGUGUCAAAGAUGUUUAUAAAGAAUCUCUCAAUGUUAUUGAACAUUUACGAAAUCAUCCAACGUAUAAGCCUGUUAAUGCAAGCCCAUUAGCAGAUCAUACAACAACAGCAACAUUAGAUAAUCAACUAGAAACAAAAAUUAAACAUGAUAACAAUUUUGUUAACGUGAAAACACAACCAAUUUCGGGCAAAUCGAAUAUACCAGUCGAUGAUUUGAACAAAGAUUUUUUGUUGAUUUAUAAAUCGGUAACUAGUGUAUUGCGUGAUAGAGGAUUAAUUUAA